AAUAUAUGGAUUGGAAAAGAUAUCACAAAUUAAGCGUCAUUUAUGCAUUCAUUGAUGAGCUGGAAAGAGAUUAUCCAGCAAUAUGCACGGUGUAUGUCAUUGGAAAAUCAACCGAAGGAAGAGAUAUUAAGAUGUUGAAGAUAUCAAACAGUGACGCAAACAACUCCUCCGUAUGGCUAGACGGCUCAAUACACCCCCGCGAAUGGAUAACCGCUGCUGCCGUCACGUUCCUCGCAGAACACAUUGUCAAGUCAUUUCAUAAUCUAUCCACAUCUAUAACUAAUAAGGACUGGCACAUUGUCCCGGUGUUAAAUCCAGACGGCUAUGAAUAUUCACACACAGAAGAUCGCAUGUGGAGAAAAAACAGAGCUAAUUAUGGUGGAAAUUGUGUAGGAGUUGACCUGAACAGGAAUUUUAGUUACGGUUGGGGUCAUAAUGGAGAAGAAGGAUCAUCUCAAGCACCAGAAAAUAUAUUCUACAGAGGACCAGCGCCGUUUUCAGAACCAGAAACUGCCGCUGAUUACAUCCUAGGAUCACCAAAUCGAUUUAAAGUAUUCCUGUCAUUUCAUAGCUAUUUCGAGAUGAUAAUAUUCCCAUGGGGUUUCAAAAAGGAUCCUAGUCCAGACUACUUAAACCAAAUGGAAGCGGGGAUGCGGAUGGCGAAAGCAAUUUACGACUACAGUGGGAUGACAUACAAAGUUGGUUGCACAAAGGACUUGACGUACGAUGCUUGUGGGACGUCGAUAGAUUGGAGUUACGCCAUCGCUAAUAUCCCUUACUCUUACAUGAUAGAACUCAGAAGCAAGAAGUAUAAGUUCAGAUUACCGAAAGACCAAAUAUUUGAAACAUGCAUGGAGAGUUGGAGUGCAGUCCAAAGUCUAAUGGAAUACGUCGAAGAUCCUUUAUAUAAACUGCCUAUGACAAAAAGGAAAAGCCCCAAAUGAUACCUAUAAUUACCUUCUCCUUUGGCAGGUUUUCCAUUUUCACAGCUAAAGUGACAAAUUUAUUAAAGUUCUAGAGGACCAAUCCAGCAGAAAAUUGAAAUUCAGACAAGAUUUUCAAAUAGAUUAUGAAGUUUAUCAUUUUGUUUGUACUGUUUUUUAAUGCUAAGUGACGUGUAAUAAACUAAAAGAAAUUUA